UGCUGUGCGUUCUUGCUAACCGGCCAGUCCGCCGGUAUAUUUUAAGAGGAAAGCCAGAAUGGUUAUGACGUUGAAAGAUCAAUGCUUACUGAGUAUUCAUCGUGCUAGCGAGCUGAACGUUACUAGUUUGUGUGCACGGGUGUGUCAAUAGCAUUGCCCAGUGAACGCUGUAUCUUGUUUAGUAGAGCGAUCUCUUUCCCUCGCUAACAAGCGCAGUUGCAAUUGCGGAGCCGGACGGCCUUUGUAUUAAAUCCCAACCAAAUUUCCCCAGAAUCAUUUCCGAAAGCAUAGUGUAACUAUACCUAUAUAUAUAUAUAUAUACAUAUAUAUAUAUAUAAUCGGCUAUUAGUAAAGGUAGCUAGCUCUGUUGAACGAGUCAGAACGCCAACAUCAUGUCAGGGUUAUUUAGUUUACCGGAGAAUACGGAGGGCACACCCAUCAUGUGCCGCGCAGCCGUGGCAUGGGCCGCCAAGGAGCCGCUUAAGAUUGAAACGGUAACUGUGGCACCUCCACAGGCCAACGAAGUUCGUGUGAAGGUUCUUUACACGGGGGUCUGCCAUACGGACGCGUACACGCUUGGAGGUCAUGAUCCCGAAGGGAUUUUCCCUUCGAUUUUGGGCCACGAAGGCGGUGGCAUUGUCGAGUCUGUUGGGCCUAACGUGACAACGUUUAAACGUGGCGAUCAUGUCAUUCCGUUAUAUAUUCCACAGUGUAAGGAUUGCAAGUUUUGCGCCUCUCCCAAAACAAACGUUUGCUCGAAGAUUCGCGCAACACAAGGUGCGGGCGUGAUGCCUGACGGCUCGACACGUUUUACAUGCAAUGGAAAAACCGUCUACCACUUUAUGGGCACGUCGACGUUUUCUGAAUACACCGUCGUUGCAGACAUUUCCCUCUGCAAAAUCGAUGACAAAGCCCCGCUCGAGAAAGUUUGUCUACUCGGCUGCGGUGUGUCAACCGGUUACGGAGCGGCUUUAAACAUCGCCAGGGUAGAGUCUGGCUCGAACUGCGCAGUCUUCGGCCUAGGUGCUGUCGGUCUGGCAGCAAUAAUGGGUUGCAAGGAACAGGGAGCAAAGCGUAUCAUCGCUGUUGAUAUCAACCCGGACAAGUGGGCUAAGGCGAAGGAGCUCGGCGCUACUGAAUUUGUCAAUCCAAAAAACUAUGAUAUACCGAUCCAGCAGGUGUUGAUUGAUCUGACGGAUGGCGGCCUCGACUACACAUUCGAAUGUGUCGGUAACGUCGACACUAUGCGGGCCGCUCUCGAGGCGUGUCACAAGGGCUGGGGUGAGAGUGUCAUUGUUGGUGUAGCAGCAGCCGGUCAGGAAAUAUCGACCCGGCCCUUCCAGCUGGUGACGGGAAGAGUUUGGAAGGGAACCGCCUUCGGUGGAUGGAAGUCAGUUGAUUCGGUUCCGAAACUUGUCGACAAGCAUAUGGCCGGCAAACUCAAUUUGGACAUAUUUAUCACAGGGCAAUUCGGUUUGGAGGAUAUCAAUAAGGCAUUCGAGCUUCUGCAUGAGGGAAAAACUAUUAGAAGCAUUAUUAAGUUUUGAGUACAUUAAAAAAAGCGCUCGUUAUUGUUGAUAUUACCGUCGAUAUUAUUUUUAUUAUCAUAAUGAUUUUAUGAAGAUUCAGAUUGUCAGGCUGAUGAAAUUUCGUUACGGAAUCCGUGCAUAAAGAACGCACUGAACACGUAUGAUAAACGUUGUUCGUCGUUGAAAAAGCAUAGCUAAUAUAACGACACAUGUGGCGAUAAACAACGAAGUAUUUUGCGUAUUUGCCUUUUGCGCAAAAUGUUCUUAUGUUUAAUAAAUUUCAUUUGUUUAGCCUAGUAAUCAAGCGUAGUUUGUUGUACCUGUUAUAUUAAAAACAAAGCUGGCUGUAACCAAUAAUGCAGUGUACAAAUGUUCUAGCUGAAUAUUAUAAUUUAGUCAAAAGUAGGUUUCCGAUUAAAAUACUGAAAAUAAUAUUCCUUAUAUAUACCUCACACAUUUACAAGUUAUCGAUUUCUAGAAUUUUUCGGGAUUCAUUAUUGAAUAAUCUACUAAACAUAUUUCAUUUUAAAACCCAAGCUCGCUGGGUAGUCUGUUUUUCAGUUCAUUUACAGAUUGGCUUGACGUCAUUUGGAGUAUAUAGGCCUUUCGAAAUUUUGGCUGAAUUUCGUUAUGAAUGUUACCAACCAAUGUCUUGUCAAGGAUGGUAUCCUCGCGGUGUCUUCUUGUCUCGAACUUAAUAAGUGAGGCAUUUUUCGAGAAGUCUUCACUAACGUUCUUAUUCUUUUAACCGCGUGCAACGUUUGCUAGAGGGAGAUACAUUUUCUUGACGAUAGAUGCAAGAGUCGUAGCAUAUUUGAAAGACAAAUGAGAUGAAGCAUUUGAGUUAACUAUUAACAUUAACUGACUUAGAAAUUAUUUAACAAAAAUGCAUUAUACAAUUUGCUAGACCUUAUUGUUGUGUUAACUAAUUAAUAAUUAAUUUCUUAAAGUAACAAAUAAAUACUUAUUUGGACGAUACAAGAUAAGAGACAUCCAUAUGCUGACACUGAGCUUGGAGUACACUUCCUAAGAAUAAGGUGAAAUGCAGCAGAUAAGACAGGUGUAACUAUAGAUACGGUAAUGCUAAACUAUCAUGCAUUAGAUAUUGAACGGUAGUCAAAUGCAGCUGUAAAUCAUAUUGGUUCAGUUGAUUCAGGUUUUUUGAUAGUAGGGUUCAGUCAGUUUUUUUCUAACAAAUCCGAUACUCACUAUCAUUGACUAUCAGUUGCUUCCAUGCAACUUAAAACAUCGAGAGAACGAUAAAAGUUUCAACGAGAUAACGCCUCUUGAUGAACUUACAUGACACUACCUAAACAUUUAUUGGUUUGAAAUAUGUGGCUAUGUAUCCUGCUUUGUUUAAAAGCUGCACUUCCUUCCGGCUGACUCGAUCAUCAGCCAUUUACGGCUGUCCACCGCGUCCGAAUCAUCUUAUGUCGAAGAA